AUGAACACAUCGCUUCUCUUCACAACCACCAUAUUCGACACGUUCUCCGCGCGGCAUGGCAAGCUCAAUCUGUGCGCAGCGUCGACACGCUCGGACCUGCUUCUGGUAGCGAUCGGCAAAGACAUCCACGUCUACAAAAUAGACUACUACUCGCGUCCGCCAACCCUGAAAACCCGUUUUCUGUAUCCAGACGGACCACUGAAUGACGAAAUCAACGCAAUAUGUCUGGGCACGCUGUUUGACCAAGAGGUUGUCGCUGCCGUCUUCGAUACAGGAAGGGUCAUUAUUUGGAAGCUCGACCUCACUGGCACCAUCCUGUAUACCUACAAGAACAGCAGCUCCACAUGGGGAUGCGCAAUACACGGCGAAACGAACACAAUAGCGAUCAGCGCAAACUCACACAAUAUCACCAUCCUCGAGCCGCCAGGUCCACCCACCGAUGCGCCAGCACAGCUGCGGCUAAAGAGCUUUUUGGAAGACCAUAUCCACAAUAUACCAAACGUGUCGUUCUCAGCGUGCGGCAAGUACCUGGUAUCGGCAAGCAUCGACUCGUCCAUCCGCGCGUGGGAUCUGGACUCGGGUACACCAAUCUGCAGCUACUUUGACCGACACUGGUGCUGGUCAGCCUUGUUUGUUUACCCAUUCUACUUUGUGCCCGACUCUCUGGAAGCAGGAAGCAGCACAGAUACUGAGCGAGCGGGGGUGCUUAGCGAUCUGUCAGCCCAGCUCAUGCACUAUAUCCAAACAACCAACGCUGGCAUCGACACUGAAGAUGACUCUCAGAGCGAGGAAGUCGAUUGGGAGGUAGUCGAUGAGGAGGAAGGGGAUGACGACGACGAACCUACCCCAAGAAACGCGCUUCAAGCCCCCAUCCUGGAUCACAGUGACGACAUCCAGAACGGACAUACACCAACCACCGGCUCAGAUAUCCGCGGCGACAGCUCAGAGGGCCACAGCGAUGACCAGCCGUUCUUUGAUGCCGAGGACGGCGGCCAAGCAAGCGAUGCUGGUCUAUUAACUAACCACGGCAACGAGGAGUCGCUAUUGACAGACAGUGCUAUCGCUGCAGACACGACGUCUAUAGAACGCCGCACCCCGCUUAUCCUGUGCGGGACAGACUACGACAUCGUGCUGAUUGAUCCAGCCAAAGAGUACAUGCCGGUUGUUGACAAGAUCCCGUUUGCCGUGCUCGGCACAAGCGGCCCGUGGCUGGAGUCUAUGGACUUCUUCGAUCGCAUCGCGUUUCUCGAAUGGAUCCCUGAGCUGGGUAUUGCCAUCACCGCUUCAUAUUCAGGCAAUGCUGCAAUUAUUAAGCUGAAGCAGCAGGCAUCGUCUGGCCCCAAGUCCAGCAACCACAGCUGCUCAUACAAAGUCACUGCCAAGCCGCUGGAGCCAAUCCGCGUCUCCAGCAGACUCUAUGGCAUCGCUGUAUAUCGGCGAUCAAUCGACAGAUUAUCGCAGUACUGCUCAGUGGUUGUGUAUGUCGUUUAUAUGGACGGCACCAUGCACGUGUAUGAGUUGAGCUCGGAACCUUCAGAAUAUUUUGCAACAUAG